UGCCACCAAGCGCAUUACAACCCAAUAGGGAAUUCCAAAGUCUAUACCAUCAUAUGAUACCAGCAUGAUGCAUGAUAGAACCAGUGUAGGAGCUGCGCACCCUGCAAAGCAAGACCAAGAUCCCUCACAGCAUUCGCUGAUUCACAAUCUGACCCAUACCUAUGCAUGUGCACAACAGGCUCGCUCUGAAUGGAUCCGUGAUUUCACACCAUGGUCAUCCCAACCUCAUAUAAUAGAUCCGCCAAGCUCUUGGGCAUGCAACGUUGCAACGUUGACGACCUAAGGGAACUGUGACGGGCUCGCAAGCCCCUAAUAGUACAUCACCCUACCUGCUCAGCUCAAUUGAGUAACGAUUCUUGAGUACAAGUGACAGUUGACCCGAAAAAAAAGUGUGCACGAAUGACUUGGCCUAAAAAACCACCCGUUGAUACAUCUAGGUCUCAGACCAUGCUCCCAACACCCCACACCUGGCAUCAAGACAAUCUCCAGCUCUACCCAAGGCACCAUAGCCUACAGAGGGCGCUCAGGACUGCCAGACUUCACAACACUGACAUCAGCUCAGCUUGUGGUACAUACAAGUGUGUACAAAUGUAAAGCAAAACUCAGAAUGAUCCCCAAAUAUAUCCUAACGACAGGUAGGGAGCUCGAGAUGACCGUUGGAUAGUGCAGCAAAGGAACGCUGCAUCAGAAUACAAUCGCUGUUGUAUGUACACGUUUGCAACCUCUAUAUAUUGUACUGUACAAACUUUGGGAGCAGCAAGACCCGCCUCUGCCGUAUUCUUCUGAUAAAGAACGGCCAACUUUUAAGAUCACCAAGUGUUAUAUUACUGGAUACACAGUACAUUCCAGUAUACAGUGCACAGCCCAAUGAGGCCUGCAGUACAGGGCCUUCUCCAGUCAAGGCUCCAGGUUCAUCUUCCCCAAAUUGUCAUUCAGCACAAUCCAUGGCACAUUGUUGGUACACAGAUGGCAACCCAAGCUCCUCGAGCUUGCUGCCACGCCACGAAUGCCCAAUUCAGAUCUGUCCUGCUGCUAAAAUUUCGCAGGCAUUCUUCUCCAGUAUUUUAACAGGCCUGCUCAAUCGCUCAAAAUCUUCUCCAUCCUCUCAAGAUCGCCUCCGGCACGCCACAGACACAUCACGGGCGAGUUGAUUUCAGCACUUUUGAACAUUGCGGAAUCAUGAUUGCAAAGCCCUGACGGCUGUCCCAUGAACACAUGCACCGCUCUGGCGGAGCGCGCGGCGCGCCGACCGGCUCCCGGCAUCGGCCGCCAGCGGGCGUUAGGGUUAUUUUAGCUCCCUCAGUCCCGGGGGCGGCGGAAGGCGCUGCAGCCGC